UGAACAGCCCACUUCAAGAUUGCCUGAUGGUCAGCGUCGCUCCAUCCGCCCUGACUCCUGGUUUCAUUGGCCUCAACCGAUAUUCAUUCGGUUUACUGGUACGCUACAACAUUUUCAGAGCAUAUUAAAUGAUGCAUAUUCUUCCAUUUUUCACGUUAUUUUGGGAGACAGCGGCAUCGAUCAGGCUUUUCAACGGUGCCCAGAAGGUGCUCUUCAGGAACGCCCCGCAAGAAUGUCUGGAUGUGUUUGACGCGCAACUUGAUUGCGACGGCCUUGUUCAGUUGGUGUCCUACGAUCAAGACAAGCUCAAGUUGAACCAUACCAAACUCGAGGCCCUUUGUACAAGUCCGUGCUCCACAAGUUUGACGUCCUUGGAGAGUGCUGCCGCUGCUGCGUGUGGGACCUCAGACCUUGAAUUCAACGGUAACUAUAUUUCCGUUGUGCAGAUCCUCGAUCUCUAUCGCUACAAAUACAAUGCACUCUGCCUCAAGAAUGCCGAGGGUGAGUUUUGUUUAAUGGUCGAGGAGACGUGGGAUGUAGGCCAACUACAUACGGCCGGCAAGGUAACUUGGCCGGCCCAUACCAAGAAAGCGUACCCUAACUGGGUUGAUAACGAAGACGGUUCGCCAACUCUGGAUGAAGACGGGGAACUUCUGGAUGAUUCAGCCGAUCGACUCAACUUCCAACAUUUUGGCCAAGAUCUGGGGUGGUCAGCGACAGACUACUACAUGGAAGGCCUCAGCCUCGACUGGAUAGGGCACGGCUGGAAUGAGGCUUUGGAGUACGACGAGUAUCCAUUGGAGAUUCAGUGCUCGGAAUGUUUCCUUGCCCAACACAGACACGGAAUAGAAUCGAAUUGGGGCGAGAUGUUCGAGUUUCUGCCCAAGUCUGGGAGAAUAUGAAACGAAAUUGUGAGAUAAAAUGGGAACUGAAGCCAGCCCAUAACUUCAGCACUGGUGGCCGAAGUGGCAUCACAGGUCUCGUCUGGGACGCCCAACCCCAAUGUGGCCAGAACAUAACCCGAAGCGAUGUAACUGGUGUAACAAUUGGAAGUCUUGCCUUGCAGUGGGGUGUAUCCUCCGCGUCGCUGUGCAAGCUCAAUAGCAUUAACUGUGGCCACGUCACUGAAGGGAUCUUUUGCGCACCUCUAUCCUGCGAUAUUACAGUAAUUCAGGAAAUGACAAACGCCGGGGCUUUUGUUCAGGCAUACGACAACAUCACCAUGACACAGUUGAUGGCUUGGAACCCCCAUCUUGACAG